AUGAUUAACGCGGUGCUCGUAUUCAAUAACAAUGGCCAACCACGGCUGACAAAGUUCUAUACUCAACUGGAUACUCAAACACAGCAAUCUCUCAUUGCGCAAAUCUACAGACUGGUAGCACAGCGACCUGCAAGCGCUUGCAAUUUCCUCCCUCUUCUUCCUCCUCUUCUCUCAUCGCAGGGUGCCAGCUCCUCGGCCAAUGGACCCUCUGAUGCGCCUACGCAGAUCACCUACCGCACCUAUGCCACCCUCUCAUUCAUUAUGAUCUCUACAUCUAUGGAGUCACCACUCGCGCUGAUUGACUUGAUCCAAGUCUUCGUGGAGGCACUGGAUCGUAUGUUUGAGAACGUUUGCGAGCUAGACCUUAUCUUUGGUUACGAGACGAUGCAUGCAGUCCUGAGCGAGAUGAUUGUUGGUGGCGUUGUGGUUGAAACCAACAUUGAUAAAAUUGUUGCAGGAGUGCGUAGUCAAGAGGGUACUACAGGGAAGAGGAAGGCUGUUCAAGCAGCGAGCACUAGCCUUGGGCGAGGGGCUCUACCAAGCCUGGGAGCAUGGCGGUGA